AAGGCGCCAAAACUAAUAAAGUAGUAUAUACUAAAAUAAAAAUUUCUAAAAAUUAAAUCAAACUCUCUAUCUUCUCAAACACAAGUGAUCGAUCUGAACUCUAGCCCUAGUUUCUACACAUCAAACCCAUCGUCUGCUCUUCCUUAGUGCAACCAAUUGAUUUCUCAUCUCCUCAGAUUCUUCUCUUGUGCAUCAAAAACCUCUCAAGGUUAUGGCACCUAGUAAGCAAUGGAUGCAACUUGUUGAUAAUCGGCUCGAUGAAGCCUACUUAAUCGGGGUGCAAAAGUUUUUGGAUUAUGCUUUUUGGAAAACAGGAGAAGAAUAUGAAAUACGAUGUCCAUGUGUCAAAUGUUGUAAUACAACUUUGGGAACCCGUGAGACAGUUGAGACACAUUUGAAAGUUUAUGGAAUAAUUCAAAAUUAUACUUUUUGGUAUCACCACGGGGAAACUUUAGGUGAGCCCCUAUCAGAAUCUGAAGAUGAAGAUGGUGAUGAAGCAGAAGAAUGCGAGAGUGAAGAUGAAGUACAAGAAUUGUUGAGAGAUUUAUAUCCUAAUCUUGAUGGAGAAACCAUGCACACUGAUUGUGACGAUUUACUUGAGGAGGAACCAAAUGUUGAAGCAAAAAAUUUUUACAGCCUAUUGAAGGAUUUCGAGCAGCCAUUGUACCAAAAUUCAAAAGCUUCAAAACUGUCCUCUUUGAUUAAAUUGCUUCAUAUCAAAAGUAUGGGCCGUUGGAGUAACGAGUCAUUUACGAUGUUAUUAAAAAUGUUAAAAGAGGAGUUGUUGCCUGAUGGCGCCAAUUUGCCAAACUCAUAUUAUGAGGCAAAGAAGAUAAUUCAAGACCUUGGGCUAUCUUACAUCAAGAUUGAUGCUUGUACUAAUGAUUGCAUGUUAUACUGGAAGGAGGACAGGUUACUCGAUUCUUGCAAAGUUUGUGGUGCAUCCAGAUGGAAAAUAGAUACACAUAGCGGGGAGACAAGAAAUAAAAAAGGUAAAAAGAUAGCAUCAAAGACUUUGCGCUAUUUUCCAUUAAAGCCUAGGCUUCAAAGAUUGUUUAUGUCUAGAAAGACAUCUACUCUAAUGACAUGGCAUAAAGAUAAAAGAGUUGAUGAUGGAAUAAUGAGGCACCCAGCUGAUUCGAUGGCAUGGAAGUCAUUUGAUGAACUUCAUCCUUCAUUUGCGGCCGAGCCUCGUAAUGUUCGACUUGGACUUGCUAGUGAUGGAUUUCAGCCAUUUCGGAAUUCAAAAACCUCAUAUAGCAUUUGGCCUGUGGUUCUUAUUCCUUAUAAUUUACCACCUUGGUUGUGUAUGAAGCAGGAAAUUUUUUUUUUGUCAAUGCUUAUUCCUGGUCCGAAUGGUCCAGGAGAUGCAAUUGAUACAUAUCUUCAACCUUUAAUACAGGAACUAAAGGAGUUGUGGGAAGUUGGUAUUGUGACCUUUGAUGCAUCGUCUAGACAGAAUUUUAAGUUGCAUGCUUCUUUGUUAUGGACCAUCAAUGACUUUCCAGCAUAUGGAAAUUUAUCUGGAUGGAGUACAAAGGGAAAAUUGGCAUGUCCAUGUUGCAAUAAAGACACUUCGUCAAUUCGAUUGACUAAUAGUAAGAAGCAGUGCUUUAUGGGUCAUCGGCGUUACCUUCCUGUUAGUCACAAAUGGAGGAAUGACGAAAAGUCAUUUGAUGGUACAAAAGAGAAAAGGCUCCCACCAAAAAUGCAUUCCGGUAUUGAGAUACUUAAUCAAGUGCAAGAUCUUAAAGGGCUACAAUUAACAAAUGAUCCAAAGAAAAGGAAGAAGAUAUCACAUGAAAAUCGAAAGGAUAAUUGGAACAAAAAAAGUAUCUUUUUUGAACUUCCAUACUGGAAAUCUCUCUUGUUGCGACAUAAUUUGGAUGUUAUGCAUAUUGAAAAAAAUAUAUGUGAUAAUAUUAUGGGGACAAUCAUGAAUGUCAAAGGAAAGACCAAGGACACAAUUAAAACUCGGUUAGACUUGCAAGAAAUGAACAUUAGGCCAGAAUUGCAUCCCAUCCAAAGAGGGGAGAAAGUCGAAGUUCCAACUGCAUGCUACACAUUGCCUCCCGAAGAUAAGCACAAAUUAUGCCUUUUCUUAAAGAACUUAAAGGUCCCUGAUGGAUUUUCAUCUAAUAUUUCUCAAUGUGUGAACCUGAAAGAUCACAAGAUAUCUGGGUUGAAGAGUCAUGAUUGUCAUGUUCUUUUGCAACAUAUACUUCCUCUUGCACUUCGUGGUAUGUUGUCCAAAGAAGUUUGUGAACCUCUUAUUGAGUUAUCUUUAUUUUUUAACGUGCUUGGAUCAAAGGAGUUGAGGAUUGAUGAUCUGGAACAUAUUGAAGCGCAAAUUCCCAUAACACUUUGCAAGUUAGAAAAGGUCUUCCCUCCUUCAUUUUUUGAUGUCAUGAUGCACUUGCCUAUUCAUUUGGCUAGUGAAGCUAAGAUUGCUGGACCUAUUCAUUAUCGGUGGAUGUAUCCUGUGGAACGAUGGUUAUAUUUUUUGAAAUCUCUCAUUGGUAAUAGAGCAUGUCCAGAAGGUUCUAUUGCAGAGGGCUACAUUGCAAAUGAAUGUAUGACCUUAUGUUCAAGGUAUCUGCAUAGGAUCGACACUAAAUUCAAUCGGCCUGAACGAAAUUAUGAUGGGGGUUUAAAAAAAUCUAAUGGAGGUUUAACUGUGUUUUGUCAACCUGGAAGUACUCUGGGAGUUAAAGAUCCAUGUGAUCUUGAAGAAAAUGAAUUGGAACAAGCACAUAUAUACAUACUGAAGAACUGUGAUGAAGUCAUACCAUAUCUCGAGUAUGGAGAGUUCUUUUAUAUCUUCUUAUUGUCCUUAUUUCAUUUAGGAUAAUUUUUUUCUAUAUGACAUUUAUGGUCCACUU